UUUUCCAAAAUAUACUCGUCAUUCUCGGUCGGUCGAAUUUAGUGCUGAGUAAAGUAUAUCGUUGAAUCUUCUUUAGGUUGUUAGGAUUUGCAGUGAAAAUAGUAUUCCAAUACUUAAUUCAGGUUUUAAAGCGAAACAGCGCAAAGUGAACGUACGGCAUGGCUGUUAAAGCAAUAAACGAUGAAGCUCAUUUUCAGUCGGAACUAGCUGCAGCUGGAGGGAAGUUGGUCGUUGUUGAUUUCACCGCAACAUGGUGUGGACCCUGUCGAAAUAUAGCGCCUUUAUUCGAGCAGCUGCCGGCGAAAUAUCCUAAAGGUGUCUUUCUCAAAGUGGACGUAGACAAAUGCGCCGAAACGGCUUCAUCUCAGGGAGUGUCGGCUAUGCCGACGUUUAUCUUUUACCGAGCCAGAACGAAGAUCGACCGUAUGCAAGGAGCAGACAUUAACGGACUGGAGGCUAAAAUUCAGAAACAUUACGUAGCUAGUGUAGACGAGUCUGGAGAGGAUUAUGGCCAUGGAAUGCUGGAUUUAAGCACGUUCAUCCAAAAGAACCAGUGUGAAUGUUUGAACGAAUCAGACGACCAUCCAAUGGUGAACGCUCUCAGUUCCAGUGGUGGUCAUCUGGCAUCGGACUGUGACGAACAGCUGAUUAUAUCGAUUACUUUCAACCAGGUGGUGAAAAUCAGUGCCCUCAAAUUCAAAGCACCACCCUCGCACGGUCCCAAAAACGUACGAAUCUUCAUCAAUCAACCACGGACUAUCGAUUUCGACAUGGCCGAAUCGCAAGUUUCAGUGCAAGAUCUGGUGUUGGAACAAAAGGAUCUUGAAGCGGGAUCGCCAAUUCCACUGCGUUUCGUGAAGUUCCAGAAUGUGCAGAAUAUGCAGCUGUUUGUGAAGGACAAUCAAUCGGGCGACGAGACGACCAUUAUCGAACAUUUGGCCUUCAUUGGGUCACCGAUUGCAACGACCAAAAUGGAUGACUUCCAACGAGUCGCCGGAAAGAAGGGCGAGAGUCACUGAAGUAGGAAACUAGAGUUGGCAACUGGAUAGUUCGAUGGUGGUGAAAAGUACGGUUACGAGGUUGAAGUUGAUACGCGCAGAGUCGUUUCUUUUUUUUUAUAAAUUAUUCAAUAAAA